AUGAAGAACCGAUAUGACUAUACAAAAUCAAAGUUUGCAGCCUGGUUAAAACUUAAAAGCAAAACCGGCAAUGUUUAUGAUCCUAUAACAAACACAUUUAACUUAUUAGAAGAAGAAUGGCAAACUGAGAUCAAGUAUUCUAUAAUAUUUUUCACACAUUCCAACAAAUUCGUAGAAGCUUUGCAAAGAGCACCACUAUCUUACCCCGAGCUUUGUAUUCAAUUGUUUGAGGGGUCUACAUCGAAUGGUUUUGACAGUUGGGGGCCAUCUUCUACACUUCCUCACCCUAAUGAGGAAGUGUGCGAGCGGAAUUUAAAUGGUAUUGAGGAUGUCGAGUGCACUCAGGUGGAGCCCCCGACUCAAGGCGUUAGUGAGGAGUCAACUGUUCGGUCUAAAAAAAGAGGAGAGAAACGAAAAGAAAAGGCAGCAGAAGAUUCGGCGCUACUAGAAGUUAGAGACUGUAUUACGAAAGUGGCAAAGAUUUUGAUCGACAAACAUGAAAGUGCUGAUAUGGAUGCAUGUAUGGAGAAGUUGGAAACAAUGGGAUGGGAAGAAAAAGAUGCAAAACAUCAAACGACGCUUUUGCUUUUUGGUGAAAGUGUUGAUAUUAGGAAAGUUUGGUUAUGA